AUGGGGGACCCUCGCGAGCCAUCGUCGUACUCGGUCGUGCCACGACUCCGAUACAAUACCGUCGGUGGUGUCAAUGGCCCGCUGGUCAUUCUUGAGAAUGUCAAAUUCCCGAGAUACAAUGAGAUUGUGUCACUGACGCUCCCCGACGGAUCCGUGCGAUCCGGUCAAGUUCUGGAAGCUCGAGGUGAUCGAGCCGUUGUUCAGGUAUUCGAAGGUACUUCUGGUGUCGAUGUCAAGAAGACCAAAGUUGAGUUCACCGGCGAGAGCUUGAAGCUCGGAGUAUCUGAGGAUAUGCUGGGACGUAUAUUUGAUGGAUCCGGGCGCGCUAUUGAUAAGGGACCCAAGGUUUUGGCCGAGGAGUAUCUGGACAUCAACGGGAGUCCGAUCAACCCAUACUCUCGUGAAUACCCCGAGGAAAUGAUCUCUACAGGUAUCUCUGCCAUCGACACGAUGAACUCGAUUGCCCGAGGCCAAAAAAUCCCCAUCUUCUCGGCUUCUGGUCUGCCGCACAACGAGAUCGCUGCCCAGAUUUGCCGACAAGCUGGACUGGUCAAACAGCAUGGGGUCACCAACAAGGGCGUUCACGACGCCCACGAAGAGAACUUCUCCAUCGUGUUUGGCGCCAUGGGCGUGAACCUGGAAACGGCCAGAUUUUUCACUCGUGACUUUGAAGAGAAUGGCAGUCUGGAACGUACCACUCUGUUUCUCAAUCUUGCCAACGAUCCAACCAUCGAACGUAUUAUUACUCCUCGUCUUGCUCUUACCACCGCCGAGUAUUACGCCUAUCAGCUGGAGAAGCACGUGUUGGUCAUAUUGACAGAUUUGUCGGCAUACUGUGAUGCUCUUCGUGAGGUGUCGGCCGCACGUGAAGAAGUUCCCGGACGACGUGGCUUCCCUGGCUACAUGUACACCGAUUUGUCCACCAUUUACGAGCGAGCUGGUCGUGUCGAGGGGCGCAACGGGUCCAUCACACAGAUUCCCAUCUUGACCAUGCCCAACGACGACAUUACUCACCCGAUUCCCGACUUGACCGGAUACAUCACCGAGGGCCAGAUCUUUGUCGAUCGACCACUUCACAAUCGUGGAAUUUACCCACCGAUCAACGUUCUCCCUUCACUGUCCCGUCUGAUGAAGUCGGCCAUCGGCGAAGGAAUGACUCGCAGGGAUCACGGUGAUGUGUCGAACCAGCUGUACGCCAAGUAUGCCAUUGGGCGCGACGCUGCUGCCAUGAAGGCGGUCGUGGGUGAAGAAGCCCUGUCUGCCGAGGAUAAGCUUUCGCUCGAGUUUCUGGACAAGUUUGAACGGCAAUUCAUCUCGCAAGGCGCGUACGAGUCGCGGACCAUUUUCGAGUCACUGGAUCUGGCAUGGAGCCUGCUUCGAAUCUAUCCCAAGGACCUUCUCAACCGAAUCCCCGCCAAAGUUCUGAGCGAGUUUUACCAGCGUGCUCACAAGGAUGCCAAGUCAAAGGGCAAGGCGCAGAGUGACGUGGCAGCAAAGGACCAGCAGCAGACGGAGGAGAACCUGAUUGACGCAUAA